ACGAAUUAAGGACUCCCGGCCAAGACCAAGACCAAGGUGACAAAAAUUAUCAACAAUGAAGCCGCCGGGAGCCCGCUGUGUUCUCUUGUGGCUCCUCUGGCAGCAAUUUUCACCGUGUCAUGGCGCGAACGAUGAGUGCCGCAGCCGGGACUAUGGCCAUGGCAGUACUGUAUGUGUAUGUGAUGCCACCCACUGUGAUACCCUCCCCCCCAUCGACCCGCCACCUGCGCCCUCAUCGUACAUCAUCUCCUCGGACAAGGCUGGCCGCCGCUGGGACAUCACCAAAGCUGCCUUUACUGAGUUUUCCAGUACUCUUUCCCCCAAUGAUAUCCUGUCAGAUGAGUUGGAGGAGGAGGUGGUAGAAGUGAGGCUUGAUACCGAAGAGAGGUACCAGACAAUCAUUGGUUUUGGUGGUGCAUUCACCGACGCAGCUGGACUCAACAUUCUCUCACUGCCCCUAAAGCUGCAGGACACUGUGCUCAGGGCCUAUUAUGCUCCCGAGGGCCUGCAGUACACCAUGGGCCGAGUACCCAUAGGAGGCACUGACUUCAGCACUCAUCCCUACACUUAUGAUGACCUGCCCCAUGGUUAUGCAGACCCCACACUACUCAAAUUUGCUCUGGCCAAGGAAGACCUGUCAGCUAAGAUACCCAUGAUCAGACAAGCAUUACGCAUGUCUCCGGUGCCCCUUAAGCUCUUUGGGUCAGCGUGGGGUGCACCGGGCUGGAUGAAGGACUCGGGUUCCAUUGCUGGCAAGGGCAAGAUUUUCCCCAAGUAUUAUGAAACCUGGGCACAAUACCACAUAAGGUUCUUGCAGGGCUACGCCAAACACAACAUCACCUUCUGGGGACUCACCACACAGAAUGAACCAACUGAUGGACUCCAGUCUUGGUUCGAGUUCAAUGCAGUUGGCUGGACCCCCAAGGAGCAGGCUCAGUGGGUGGGGAUGCACCUUGGGCCAGCCUUGGAGCACGCUGGCCUUGGCCACCUCAAGGUGAUGGUACUGGAUGACAACCGCAUCUUUCUGCCUAAGUGGGUGGAUGAGGUGAUGUCCAACCCAGCUGCCGCCAAGUAUGUGUCCGGUGUGGCGGUGCACUGGUACAUAGACUGGCUCACCCCUCCACUGACACUUGACCUCACACACCAGCGCCACCCCAAGCUCUUCAUCCUGUAUACCGAGGCCUGCACAGGUCAGUGGCCAUGGCAGCCUCUCAAAGUGGUCCUGGGCUCCUGGCCACGGGCUGAGAGUUAUGCAGCAAACAUAAUACAAAGUCUGAAUCAUUGGUCAACUGGUUGGACAGACUGGAACCUGGCCCUGGAUGAGAAGGGUGGACCAAACUGGGUGAACAACAAUGUGGAUGCCCCAAUCAUUGUUAAUGCAAGUGCCAAGGAGGUAUACAAGCAACCCAUGUACUAUGCCCUGGCCCACUUCACCAAGCUGCUGGUGCCAGGCAGUGUGCGGGUCAAGCUCACCACCACCAGUGCUACAGUCUCCAAUUACUUGUCUCACACAGCUUUCAUCCGUCCAGACAAUGCCACAGUUGUCAUCUUCCUUAAUAAGGACAGCCUACCAAGACGUGUGCACUUCCUUGACCCUCGUGUGGGGAGUCUCAGGCUCUCGAUGAACCCGCGCUCCCUGGUCACCAUCACCUUUGGCCCCCCCUUGCCUACGGACCAAUAGCCAGCAUGAGCCUCAGGGAAGGAUGCCAGCCUUGCCUCACCCGCAAGAAUGCUUGAAGAAAACUUGUUAUUUCAGCAGUUGCUCAUGAUGUGUGUGAGGAGACUGUGCCUUUGAUAUUGUGAUUACACUAUUGAUACUCAGUUUUCCCGAUGGCCAUGACGACUGUGAAUUUCUCCCAUCGCUACCUCUCUAUUUUUAUAGUUCUUUUUGGUAUGUGUUCCUCUAAUUGAAAAUAAUACCAGGGAAUUUUUAAUCAGUAUUAUAGUACAGGUAACAAAAUCUAUGAAUGAAUUGCCCUCUUUUUUUAAUAUCUAAUUUAGUAAGAAUUAACAUAAAGCCAUACACUAGUUAAGUCAAACUUAACUCUGCCACAGCUUGUAAACACUGUCUCUAGUAACUAGUGUUGUAUUAAGUGACCGACGGGCACAGCACGGGUUGGCACCCCUGGUGGGAAAGAAAUAUGUCAGAUUGAUUUAAACUUCAAUCAUAAACCGGUGAUAUGUAUCCUACUGCUCUGAUUCAAAGCUAUUUUGAGUUUGAAAGAAAUAUUUUUCUUAACUUUAACUAUUUUAGGGUGCACUGGUUAGUGUGGGAGCCUUCUUACUAAUAUUAUUUUCUAAAGUUUACCAGCAACUUUAUUCUAGCUCUGCCCAAAAAUGGCAUAGAAAAAUACAACAUGGUCUCAUUACUAGUCACAAAAAUUUGUGCGUGUACAUACAAAAUGUAAAUUUAGCCAGAAGAUGAGCUUUUGCUGUAUUGUUUAUUUGGCAUAUUAAGACUUUGUGAAUAUCUUCUAUAUAAUGGCCAAGGGACCACAAAUUCUGUGAUACUGUAUACUGUUAGGGAGAAUUGAAUAUGGCAUUUAUGUUUACAGUGCACUAUCUAGUCUUCUAGUGGGUUAACUGUAGAUCCAAACCCACAUCAGGAGCGAAGUUAAUAAAACAAACCACUUAUUACCACAGCAGUAAAUCAGCCACACCAUCCAACAUAUAUAUAUAUAUAUAUAUAUAUAUAUAUAUAUAUAUAUAUAUAUAUAUAUAUAUAUAUAUAUAUAUAUAUAUAUAUAUAUAUAUAUAUAUAUAUAUAUACAUACAUAUAAAACAAUGCAUAAGUCCUUUAUAGCAACAGUUUUCAUCACCACAUGAUAUAUCUGCAAUAUUAGGCAGUAAAUACAGACCAGUAGGCCUAUAGGUAAUGAAUCAGAGGACGAAGUUAAUUUCUGAUGAAAUCUCGCUCCAAGACAAUUUUAUGGAUUCCAUAAAAUCAGUGAUAACUUCUGAUGCGUGUACAUGCCAGUGAUACGUAUGACUUCUUUUUUUAAAGUUGGUGCUAUUAUAUUAUGCUUGACUUCCUAUCAACAUGAGGCCAUCUUUGAACAGCCAUUAAAGCAAAACCAGGGGAGGCAGCAUUGACUCACCUGACUCUUUUUGACUCCUCACUGGGCAGCUGAGGGUGGUGCUGCCUGUGUAUGAAGUCUAACCAAUCACAGUAAUGCUGCCUUAGAGAUACUUUGAGAAGUGUGAUACUCAUUAGCAGUGAACCCAUGGAAUUCUGAGUUGGGAAAUAGUGCCUAUAUUUACUAUUUCAUGCAUGGUUGUGUACAUGACGAACAUUAAAUAAUUUUGAA